GGCGUGGCGUGGCGGGGCGGGGCGGGGUCUGGACGGCGGAAGCCGGGUCGAAGGUCCCAGAACAAGCGGUCAUGUGACUGGGAAGAUGGCGGUCUUCCCUUGGCACUCCAGGAACAGGAACUACAAAGCUGAGUUCGCAUCAUGUCGCCUGGAGGCUGUACCAUUGGAAUUCGGGGACUAUCAUCCUCUGAAACCCAUAACUGUCACAGAAUCAAAGACGAAGAAAGUGACUCGGAAGGGAAGCACUUCUUCCACGUCAUCCUCCUCCUCCAGCUCCAUGGUGGACCCGCUGAGCAGUGUCCUGGAUGGGACUGACCCCCUCUCCAUGUUUGCAGCCACUGCUGACCCUGCAGCCUUGGCAGCUGCUACGGACAGCUCCAGGAAGAAACGUGAUAGAGAUGAUAACUCCGUUGUAGGAUCGGAUUUUGAGCCUUGGGCCAACAAACGGGGAGAAAUCCUUGCCCGGUACACCACUACUGAAAAGCUGUCUAUUAAUCUCUUUAUGGGAUCUGAAAAAGGCAGAGCUGGGACUGCCGCAUUUGCAAUGUCAGAGAAGGUUCGGACCCGGCUGGAGGAGCUGGAUGACUUUGAGGAGGGUUCCCAGAAGGAGCUGUUGAACUUGACUCAGCAGGAUUAUGUGAACCGCAUAGAGGAGCUCAAUCAGUCGCUGAAGGACGCCUGGGCCUCCGACCAGAAAGUGAAAGCUCUAAAAAUUGUCAUCCAGUGUUCAAAGCUUCUUUCAGAUACCAGUGUUAUUCAGUUCUACCCAAGCAAAUUUGUGCUUAUCACCGACAUACUUGAUACAUUUGGAAAGCUUGUGUACGAGCGCAUCUUCUCCAUGUGUGUGGAUAACCGCAGUGUCUUACCAGAUCACUUUUCUCCAGAGAAUGCAAAUGACACGGCCAAGGAAACAUGCCUAAAUUGGUUUUUCAAGAUUGCUUCCAUCAGGGAACUCAUUCCGAGAUUUUACGUGGAAGCAUCCAUCCUGAAAUGUAACAAAUUCCUCUCCAAAACGGGAAUUUCAGAGUGUCUGCCUCGGUUGACAUGCAUGAUCAGAGGGAUCGGAGACCCGCUGGUGUCCGUGUAUGCCCGUGCCUACCUGUGCCGGGUGGGAAUGGAAGUGGCCCCACAUCUCAAAGAAAGCCUAAAUAAGAACUUUUUUGACUUCCUCCUUACGUUCAAACAGAUUCACGGGGAUACGGUCCAGAACCAGCUGGUGGUCCAAGGAGUGGAGCUCCCAUCAUACCUCCCCUUGUACCCGCCUGCCAUGGACUGGAUCUUCCAGUGUAUCUCCUACCAUGCCCCCGAGGCUCUGCUGACCGAGAUGAUGGAAAGGUGUAAGAAACUAGGAAACAAUGCUUUGCUGUUGAAUUCCGUGAUGUCGGCUUUCCGGGCUGAGUUCAUCGCCACAAGGUCUAUGGAUUUCAUUGGCAUGAUUAAAGAGUGUGAUGAAUCUGGUUUCCCCAAGCAUCUCCUUUUUCGAUCACUGGGGUUAAACUUGGCCUUGGCUGAUCCUCCCGAGAGUGACCGACUUCAGAUUCUCAACGAAGCUUGGAAAGUUAUCACUAAGCUGAAGAAUCCACAGGACUACAUUAAUUGUGCGGAAGUGUGGGUAGAAUACACCUGCAAGCAUUUCACGAAACGAGAGGUGAAUACCGUUUUGGCAGAUGUCAUCAAGCACAUGACUCCAGAUCGUGCAUUUGAAGAUUCCUACCCCCAGCUUCAGUUAAUAAUUAAGAAAGUUAUUGCCUACUUCCAUGACUUCUCAGUUCUUUUCUCAGUGGAAAAAUUUCUGCCGUUUCUGGACAUGUUCCAAAAAGAAAGCGUGCGGGUGGAGGUUUGCAAAUGUAUCAUGGAAGCCUUUAUCAAGCAUCAGCAAGAGCCCACCAAGGACCCAGUCAUUUUGAAUGCCCUUUUGCAUGUUUGCAAGACCAUGCAUGACUCUGUGAAUGCACUCACUCUUGAGGAUGAGAAAAGAAUGCUGUCAUACUUGAUUAAUGGAUUUAUAAAAAUGGUAUCCUUUGGCCGUGAUUUUGAACAACAGCUGAGUUUUUACGUUGAGUCCAGGUCGAUGUUUUGCAAUCUGGAGCCUGUUCUUGUGCAGUUGAUUCAUAGUGUAAACCGGUUGGCAAUGGAGACAAGAAAAGUAAUGAAAGGAAAUCAUUCCAGAAAGACGGCUGCGUUUGUCCGGGCCUGUGUUGCCUACUGCUUCAUCACCAUCCCCUCCCUGACGGGCAUCUUCACACGUCUCAAUCUCUACCUGCAUUCUGGUCAGGUGGCCUUGGCCAACCAGUGCCUCUCCCAAGCUGAUGCUUUUUUCAAAGCUGCUAUAAGCCUCAUUCCGGAAGUUCCAAAGAUGAUUAAUAUCGAGGGGAAGAUGCGGCCAUCGGAAUCGUUCCUGCUGGAAUUCCUCUGCAAUUUCUUUUCUACUUUAUUAAUAGUUCCGGAUCAUCCUGAACAUGGGGUCCUGUUUCUUGUUCGAGAGCUUCUCAACGUGAUCCAGGACUACACCUGGGAGGACAACAGCGACGAGAAGAUCCGCAUCUACACCUGCGUCUUGCAUCUCCUCUCCGCCAUGAGCCAGGAGACCUACCUGUACCACAUAGACAAAGUGGACUCCAACGACAGCCUCUACGGGGGAGACUCCAAGUUCCUGGCAGAAAACAACAAGCUGUGUGAGACGGUGAUGGCUCAGAUCCUAGAGCAUCUGAAAACCCUGGCCAAGGACGAGGUGAAAACGCUAGAAUAUAUCAAGAAGCGAAGCAAGCAGCCAGGCAUGACUCACCUGACAGAGCUGGCCCUCAGACUCCCCCUGCAAACAAGGACCUGACCCCAGCCGGUCCUCGGCCUCAGGGACUCUGGCCAAAUGCAGAAAGAUCUCCUCUGCUGCCCCGAACUCUGACUGGAAUCUAGGUUUCUCAUGUUUCUUUUCUUUUUAUGUAUGUACAAACUGGUUUACGCUUUGGCCUCUACGCAGAUUAUUCUGACAGCGAAGAUAUGGGGGUGACAGCAUUAAAAUGCCAUCUUCAGUGAGAAGCAGCAUCUCUGUGUUUGCUUUGCACAAGUGGCCUUCCAUUUCUCAGCCCCAGAAAGGAUCCAAUGGGCCUUUGGCAAAAGAGAAACAAGAAUGUAAGUGACAUCUUUCCUUUCUGGAAGGUAUUUGUUUUUUCAUAGCUGAGAAAAAGGACUUUGAAAAGCAGUGCCACUUUGUACCUUCAGGUUAAGAGAACGCCCAAAGUCUGGAACUCAGGCUUUAUGAAAGGCAGAAAUCGCGCUCCAUUAACUUUUUCCUAUCAAAAGCAGCUCUUGAUUGGACUUAGAAUCUGUGCUGGGAGAUCAAAGGAGAAAGUGAGGUCAAAUUUGAGAUUCUCUGUGGCUUCAGUAUACUCUAACAGAAUAAAUGUCCUGAAGGAG